GUGGCGACUGCUGCCUCUUGACUGCAUGGUCUGGUUACGUCAAUGCGUCCUUCGUCCCGGUUCCCACUCCCAAAGCUCAAGUGGAUCGCUGCAGCUUUUGGCACUUUCCGCCCUCCCUGGAUGAGCGUUUAGCUGGAGCUGAAGUGACCUCCGAAGGGGCUGCCGAGCUUCGCAGCCUGAACCUUGACAUUUCGGCUCGAGGAUUGGUGAUCAAGGCCGCUACAUCGCGCGGUGUGCCCCCGUCACCUUCCAUUGGUGCUCUUUGCGAUCAACUCUUUUGCGACUUCUACGCCCCUCACGUCGCAGCCAUGCGUGAGGCCAUCUGCAUCCACAUCGGCCAGGGUGGCGUGCAGAUCGGAAACGCCUGCUGGGAGCUCUUCUGCCUCGAGCAUGGCAUCCAGCCGGAUGGCCAGAUGCCCAGCGACAAGACCAUCGGCGGUGGAGAUGAUGCAUUUAACACUUUCUUCUCCGAAACGGGUGCUGGAAAGCACGUCCCUCGCUGCGUCAUGGUGGAUCUUGAGCCGACCGUCGUGGACGAAGUUCGCACAGGAACUUACCGUCAGCUGUUCCAUCCAGAGCAGCUGAUCUCUGGCAAGGAAGAUGCUGCGAACAAUUUCGCACGCGGCCACUAUACGAUCGGCAAGGAAAUCGUGGAUUUGGUUCUUGACAGGAUCCGCAAGCUGGCCGACAACUGCACCGGGCUACAGGGAUUUUGCGUCUACAACGCCUGCGGUGGAGGAACGGGCUCUGGCCUGGGUUGCCUCAUGCUGGAGCGCUUGUCCGUGGACUACGGCAAGAAGAGCAAGAUCUCUUUCACGGUGUGGUGCUGCCCGCAGGUGGCAACAGCAGUCGUCGAGCCGUACAACACAGUGUUAUGUGUCCACUCCCUGUUGGAGCAUACGGAUGUGACGAUCAUGUACGACAACGAGGCCUUGUACGACAUUUGCCGCAGGAACCUGGACAUCGAGCGUCCCACGUACACCAACCUGAAUCGUCUGAUCGCCCAGAUCAUCAGCUCUCUCACGGCCAGUCUGCGCUUCGACGGAGCCUUGAACGUGGACAUCACGGAGUUCCAGACGAACCUGGUGCCGUACCCGCGCAUCCACUUCAUGCUCACGUCCUAUGCUCCGGUCAUCUCUGCCGAGAAGGCNNGUUUUCGCUGCUUUGGUUUUGACCUGGGUGCUAUCGGUCAAUUGGCAGUCGACAGACCGGAAGGCGGCGAUGUUGUGCCAAAGGAUGUGAAUGCGGCCGUGGCCACCAUCAAGACCAAGCGCACCAUCCAAUUCGUGGACUGGUGCCCGACGGGCUUCAAGUGUGGCAUCAACUACCAGCCACCCACCGUGGUCCCAGGUGGCGACUUGGCAAAGGUCAUGCGCGCUUGCUGCAUGAUCUCCAACUCCACGGCCAUCGCCGCAGCGUGUUGGGGCCCUUUCCGCACAACUGCCAACGACAUGUUGUGGCUGAAGGCGCUAGACCCUUUUGCAGCAUCCUCUUGCGAGCCCCGUUCGGCCAAGAAGCGAGCCUUCGUGCACCACUACGUUGGUGAAGGUAUGGAGGAGGGUGAGUUCUCGGAGGCGCGCGAGGAUUUGGCCGCCUUGGAGAAGGAGUAUUAG